AUGCUGCAAGCACUGCUGCUGUUGCUGAUAACCUUCCUGUGCCUUGGGCAUCAACUCAGUCCAGGCAUGGGCUGUCAGCUGCCGUCCGACUGGAGACCCCUGAGUGAAAGCUGCAGGGCUGAGCUGGCAGAAAUCAUUGUCUAUGCCAGAGUCCUGGCGCUGCAUCAGGAUAUGUACAGCAUGUACAACUAUUUGCCCUGGCAGUAUGAAUCCACAGACGGGGGCCUCUUUUACUCAGCUGAGAUUGAGAUGCUGUGCGAUCAGGCUUGGGGAAGCAUGCUGGAAGUUCCCGCGGGGUCCAGGCUGAACCUGACGGGACUGGGGUAUUUCUCCUGCCACUCCCACACAGUCAUGCAGGAUUACUCCUACUUCUUCUUCCUCAGAAUGGAUGAAAAUUAUAACCUCCUUCCACAUGGAGUAAAUUUCCAGGAUGCAAUAUUUCCAGAUACUCAAGAAAACAGACGGAUGUUUUCCAGUCUCUUCCAGUUUUCCAACUGUACACAUGGACAACAUGCUGUAACUUUCUCCAGUGACUGGGAGAUACAAGAAGAUAACAGGCUCAUGUGCUCUUCAGUGCAGAAAGCCUUGUUUGAUGAGGAAGACCACGUGAAGAAGCUCCAGCAAAAGGUGGCAACCUUAGAGAAGCGCAAUAAGCAGCUGCGAGAGCGAGUGAAGAAAGUCAAGCGGUCACUCAGGCAAGCCAGGAAGAACACCAGGCACAUAGAGCUGAUCAACCGAAAGCUCAGUGAGAAGCUGUCCUCCUUUGGAAGCCGGUUCCCACACAUCAAUUCCUUAAAGCAAGCAAACUCUCAUGCCACAUACCUUAAAGUUUAA